AUGUUGGCGUCGACGCCAUCCGGGGGCAGCGAUGCAAACUCGUACAUGUUUGCUCACCUAAGACGUUUUAUGCCAUCAUUCUCCAUGAAGACACGAGUCUAUAUGGUCUCCAGUUUCAUGGCAUUGGGUGGUUUCUUGUUUGGGUAUCAAUUUGGUGUAUUGCCAGGGAUUUUGACCAUGUAUUCAUUUCAUCAAGAUACCAAUAUCCAAGACAACUCAACUUCACUUACAAGCACGUUGAUGGCAGGUGCUGUGGCAGGUGCUCUUGCAGCUGGUGUAUUGGCCGACUUGAUUGGACGACGUGGUCUCAUUGCAGUGAGCACAGCCUUGUUCAUGGGUGCAGAUGUACUUCAGGUCGGCGCAGACGACAUUAUCAAACUCUAUGUGGGUCGAGUCAUUACAGGAAUCAGUAUUGGAGCCCUCUCCAUGGUGGUCCCUCUAUAUCAAUCCGAGAUUUCGCCCAAAGAGAUGCGUGGUCGUCUAGUUUCAAUCCAGCAAUUUGCUAUUGCAUGUGGCAUUUGUGUUUCAUAUUGGGUGGAUUAUGCAGUCUUGGAUGUUACUUCUGUCAGCAAUUGGAGGCUCGCAUUUGGUUUGCCCUUGAUUCCCGCCCUUAUAUACCUCGCUGGAACUCUUGUACUACCCAAAAGCCCACGCUAUCUUAUCUACAAGCAUCAUGAUCGACAAGCUCUGGAAGUACUCGCCUUUGUGCGUGGUGAUGGCACUAUCAAUCAUCCCGACGUGCUGAUGGAAUACGUGGAAAUCAAGCAAAGCAUUCGAUUUGAGGAGAAAUAUGGAUCCAAACACUUUUGGCGUCUAUUUCGAAAGGGUGCUGAUAAUAAUCGCAAGCGAUUGCUCUUGGGAAUGGCGGUACAAAUAUUCCAGCAACUUACAGGGGCCAAUGCAUUGCUCCUUUACGCCCCGCUGAUUUUUCGAGCCAGUGGCAUUCAAGGAAAAAGUACCACGUUAUUGGCAAACGGUAUCAGUGGCCUUGUCAACCUCGUAUUCACUAUUCCACCCAUGAUUACGAUUGAUCGAUGGGGUCGACGUCCUACAUUGAUUGUUGGAAGCAUUGCAUGUUGUGUGUGCUUGACCAUUAUGACGGUGAUUGCAGCUGUCACAGGGCUUACCGAUAACAUUGCAUCAAUGCAUGUUCUGGAUGCUUCAACUACGGAUCCCACUGAGGUGGAUGAAUCGAUUCGCCAAAUUGAUCAUCAAGCUUCUAUCGGAUUUCUUGUCAUGAUGUACAUGUUUGUUGCUUGUUAUGCAUUGACUUGGGGCCCGGCAGGAUGGAUAUACCCAACAGAACUCUAUUCACAAGAUGUACGUGCACGAGCCCUUGGAUUUACCACGGCUGCCAAUUGGCUUUUCAACUUUGGAGUGACCAUGUUGACCCCUCUUAUGUACGUGCAUAUCAAGUGGAAGGCAUUCGUUGUUUAUGCAGUGUUUUGCUUCGUCAUGGCGAUCGUUGUUCAUCGCUAUUUCCCUGAAACGAUGGGCAAAUCGUUAGAGGAAAUUGAUCUUAUUUUCAGUGGCAACUUUAACUAUUACGAUUUGAGCGUACAUCAUCCACAAACUGCUGCAGCGGCUUUAUCCCAAUUGAACCGUACCAGUCGAUCAAGGAACGCAUUACUAGGAGGAUUCAAUCAGCUGGUAUCAGCACGAUCUAAUGAACAUAUACCAUCAUCCACACAUUCUUCUGAAUUAGAUAGCGGUCGUGGCUCGGAAUAA